UUCCAAGUUUGUUUACUUCAUUGAAUUAAAUAAUUUUUAUAUUAGAAAAUAGUUUUUAGAAAAAUAUUUGUUUUAAUUUAGUAAUAUAAUGGCUUUAGUUUUAAGUAACAUGUGCAGAACUUGUUUGGAAACGGAGAAACCGUGUAUGAUUCCUUUAUUCGAUAAAAAGCCGGGUAAAGCUUCAAGUGUAUUUGAAAUGUUUCAAUCAAUCACCUCUAUUAAAGCGGAAAUCAAUGACGGUUUACCAGAAAAAAUUUGCAUUGCAUGCUUCACAGAAAUUAAUAGGGCUUAUUCAUUCAAAAUCAAAUGCGAAGCCUCCGAGCAGACCUUAAGAAAAUUGAUUGGAAUUAGUAAGAGUGAGAAUGAAGAAAACUAUAGUAGUGAUGAAAAUGUAAAGACUGAAAUUGGAGAGAAUGAUGAAGUAGAACUUGAAAACACCACAGGCACAAAAAAAGCGGAGACAUAUUACGAUAAGGAUGAACAUUUCGAAGAUAAUAUAGAUAACAUAGAUGAUUCAGAAUUUUCAGAUGGAAAUGAAGACUUGUUAAUGAAUAAUAAAUUAGUCUUAAAGAAUGAUACUGAGUAUAUAUUUGAAGAAGAGCCAUCUAACCCUGAAAAAAAGGAAUCAAAUAGCCAAGGUUAUGGGAAAAGUAAAAACGUAGAGGACCAUUUGCAGGACGGGAACUCAGAGACUUCAAAUUUAUACAAAACACUUAAAAUAAAUGAAAACGACCCUGAUGUUACCACUGAAAUUCCUAAUAGUACUUCAGAAUCAUCCACGACUGGGAAAAAAAGGUCAAAAGAACCCAUUAAAUGUCCACAUUGUCCAUCAGAUUUUGUGUUUUUAAAAAAUUUGAACAAACAUUUAGAAUGGCACAAAAAAGCUUUCGAAACACAAUCACACUUUAAGAAGAAUACGGCUGAAAUAGCUCCAGCAGAGAAUGAAUGUGCAAUAAGUCUCCCAAAAGAAGAAAUAGUUUUUGAAACAUCAACUAUUGGAGUUCAUGGAGAAGAAAUUUUAACAGCUACAACAAUUGAUGAAAUAGUUGAAGAAUCUGCUAUUGAACCGAUUGUAAAGGAUAUACCAGAAAGUUGUGCGUAUAAUUGCGAAAACUGUGGAGCUGGUUUUCAGACAGAAAGAUCUCUAAAUUUUCACAGAAAACUAAAUCGGUGUACAGAAAAGCAAUUCGAGUGCCUGGUUUGUCACAAAAUAUUUAUAAGUAAAGUUACUUUAAUAGAGCAUAUAAAAAUUCACACUGAAAAUUUUCAAUGCUCAAAAUGUAUGAAGGAAUUUGAUUCAGAAGAGGACUUUAAAAAUCACAUGGAUAAUGAACAUGUUUCUGGAAAAUCCAUUAAAAAUCAAUGCCCCAUAUGUAAAAAAUGUUUUACAAUGCUCUCUGCUUUAAAGGAUCAUAUGAGAGUACAUAGCGGAGAAAAGCCUUUUAUUUGCGAAACAUGUGGAAGAGGGUUUAGUCAAAGUACGAAUCUUAAACAGCAUACUAUGAGGCAUUCCAAUACUAAACCAUUUAAAUGUGCGCAAUGUCCUUGUGAAUUUGUAAGCAAAGGUGAACUGAACUCUCAUAUGAGGAAACAUACAGGCGAACAUCCAUUUGUUUGUGACACUUGUGGAUCAGGCUUCACAACAUCAUCAAGUUUAAAAAAGCAUAUUCGUAUUCACACUGGGGAGAGACCUUAUGCAUGUGAUUUUUGUCCUAUGAGGUUUGCUGCUUUAGGCACUCUUAAAAACCAUAGACGAACUCAUACUGGCGAAAAACCAUAUUUGUGUAGAUUUUGUGGGAGAGGUUUUGCUCAACAAAGCGAUCGUGUUACACAUGAAAGAACUCAUACUGGAGAACGACCUUAUGUGUGUUCUGUUUGCGGUUCAGCCUUCCAGCAAAACGGAGCUCUUAAGAUUCAUAUGAAAUUACAUGCCGACGGACGUAAUUCACAAUCUACUGCAAAGAAAAGAAAGAUAAACAAUGAUAGUGAAAAGAAGACCGAAUCACUUCCAGAAACGAACUAGUUAUAAAAUAUACUUCUAUUUGUAUGUGAAUAUUGUAGAGCUAAGAUAGUGAAUACAAAAGUCUUUUUUAAUUUAAAAAUUGAUAUUAUAUUAAAAUUGAGUAUUUUUCGAUAAAUUCCA